AUGUCUCCUUCCCAACUUAUGGCCCGUUCUUUGUUUUUGGUGCUGUGGACGGAGGAGGGGGGGCAGGGAUUCAUACCUACUCCCCGCGCCAGUUAUUUCGUUGCCCGGAGCUCUGUGUCCAAAGUUAUGCCCCAAUCUUCCUCCUCGGCACUCUACAGGGAGGAAGAGGGAAAGGAACUCUUAUCCACUCCCCGCACCAUUCAUUUUGCUGCCCGCACCUCUCGGUCCAAAGUUAUGCCCGAAUCUUCCCCACGGGCGCUGUAUAGGGAGGAGGGGGGAUGGGGAUACAUACCUACUCCCCGCACCACUCAAUUCGCUACCUGGAGCUCUCAGUCCAAAGUUAUGCCCGAAUCUUACCCACGGGCGCUGUAUAGGGAGGAGGGGGGACGGGGAUACAUACCUACUCCCCGCACCACUCAAUUCGCUACCCGGAGCUCUCAGUCCAAAGUUAUGCCCGAAUCUUACCCACGGGCGCUGUGUAGGGAGGAGGGGGGACUGGGAUACAUACCUACUCCCCGCACCAUUUAUUUCGCUGCCCGCACCUCUCAGUCCAAAGUUAUGCCCGAAUCCCCCCUCCCCCCCGCAGCUCGCUCCCGCUCCACUUUUUUCGUCUCCCGGGUCAAACCUGCACAAGCUACACCUGAAAACAUCACUGUGGGUAGCUUAGAGAGGGUGGAGGAGACUCACAGCUCGCUCCCGCGCUAUUCAUUUUGUCUCCCGGGCCAAAACUGCUCGACCUAUGUCCCAAAACAUAACUCUGGGUCUCUUAAAGAGGGUGGAGGAGCUCGCUCCCGCGCUACUCAUUUUGUCUCCCAGGCCAAAACUGCUCGAAUUAUGCCCAAACACCCCAUCCUGGGUCCUGCACGCUUAGGCCGCUAUCGUUUGGCCUCGGUCUUUUAG